AAAGUUUCCCCAUUGUCGGACGUCCAUCGAGGUGUCCGCUAAGAAGGAACAUAACAUAGCACCCGACCAACAUUAAUCUUAAUCAUCUAGCCAUACUUAGAGACGACUGUCAAGCGAAGAAUAUUGUUCUUAUCUUAUCUCUGACACCAGCAGCUCCAAUGAAAUGUUGACAAUCUUAGUAUUUGGUAUUAUGCUGUUGGUGGCACCAACAUUCUCAACGGACGCCACCAGUGAGACGGUGAAGGAUCAAAUUGUGGUCCAAACCCCAUUGCAGAACUAUGAGAAACCCACUUUGCGUGACUACGAGGAAUGCCAGAAUAAUCGUGAAUCCUGUCUAGAUGUGUGUGCCGACAGUUUAACCUGUCAAUCCGAGUGUCCACUCUGCCCGGAGUUGCAUGAGAAACCUUUGGUGGUUCAGGGUGUCAAUGACACGGAUUUUGCGGUACAACCUGUUGCCCAAGUGCCACUGAAUACCACAAAUAUCAUACGACUAACGAACGAGAUAAAUAACAUUAUCAAACACGAUAUACAGAAUCGAAACGAGGUCAAUGUGCAAGUCCAGCAAAAUGUCUCUCAUAUUGGUGGACGUUUCGGCUUGGGAUACAAUGAGCAGGGUCCUUGCUGCUAUGUAGUGCGACGCUCAAAGGAAUGUGAGCACAAGGACAACUGCAAGGAGCGUAGUCGGCAGCGGGUCUGUGGCGAACGUUGUCAGGCACGAGUAAUGUUGGCCCGCCGCGUAGUCCAAUGCGAUGUGGAGCAGCCUACCGAGUGCCAUGAGACAGUUGAGUAUGUGCCACGGCGACGAAAGUCUCAUAGCCGGCAUGCAAAGAGAACAACCGAAGGCAAUCGCUGUCGUUACACGGGCAAUGCCUGGCCGUAUGUUUCGUGUCAGGGCGAGAAUGUCCGUGUUAAGCGUGCCAGUUGCCAACGUUGCUUGGAGCUGCCUUAUGGAUACAUUCUACAGAAUGGCCUACCCAGCCAAUGUGCAGGCUGUUUCCAAGGACAGUUUAUGGGUCCUGUUAUGCCCAUGCUUUAUAUGCCAUAUGCUCCCAUUCAGAAUCCAAAUUUCGGCUAUGAUUACGAGCAGACUGGGGACGAAGAACCGCAAGUGGACAGCGAACCUAAUCCCGAUAGCGGUUGGAUACUGGAGACACAAAAAUGCUUCGAUGACAACAAUCAAAUGGUAGAUUGCCCCAAACCAGAUGAAGGCAGUGGCGAUGGUGAUGUGGAUCCUCCAGCUCACUUGGAGAAUGGCAGCCAGAAAAAGGAUGAUGACGAUGAUUACGGUGUAGAGGUACAGCGACGACGACGACGUCAAAGUCGUCGGGAAUUCAUGCGUUCCUCCUACAGUAAACGCAAUUCUAACAGUUUUUGAGUAUUAGUACUUAAUAAAUAUAAUAUUAAUAAUAAUAUACAACAAAUUUGAUUUGUAUACAACAUGAGAUUUCCCACAACACUAUCCUAACCACACACUCAUUGUUCAAGAAUUUGUUUGCGAAUAAAAUAAUUAGUCUGCUUCUU